UAAUAAAAAUAAAUCUGUUUUAAAAUGUAACGGAUCAAACAAACAGUUUCUCAGCUGAGCUUCUGUUUCUGUUUGCAGAGCGACGAGGAAACAAACGUCACACAGCAGAUGAUUGUUGACUCAACUCAGUUUGUCCUCUAUGGCUUCCCAUAAGGAAAACUUAUAUGCAAACAUGUCAUAUAUUUGAUAUUGAUCAGGAAAAACCAGUCAGUCCUCGGGGACAAACUGUCUCUUCCCGUUGAAUCUGGUUCAUUUGUUCCAAUCAGGUCUUUGUGUCUGAUGACAUGAAGCUGGAAAAUGUUGAGCUGCUCCGGAUUUCUGCUGAAUCUGCUGUUUCUGUGGCUGAAGGCCGUUUGGUCUGCAGACGUCGAUGUUUCCUGUGUCUACAUGGAGAGCUGCGUCCUGCCGUGUCGCUUCCACAGCAGCAGAGAGAUCCACAUCCACUGGGUUCAGCUGAAGGCCCGGCCGGUUCCGGUCCGCUCAUUUCACAGCAAUCAGAGUCAGCAGGACCAGGACCAGCGCUUCAGAGGCAGAGCGUCUCUCUUCUGGGAUCAGAUCUCCAGAGGAAACGCUUCUCUGCUGCUGAAAGGGGUCAAAGUUCAGGACGAGGGGCGAUAUGAGUGCUUCACCAGCAGCUCUGCUGCUAACAGUCACUCAUUCAUCAACCUGAUGGUGGACGCUCCGGUCACUGAACUGAAAAUCGAAGCGACGGGGAACAGGAUGAGCUGCAGCUCAGAGGGGAUCUACCCCAGUCCGGAGCACAGCUGGUCCUUCAGGGCUUCGUCCAACACCACCGUCCAGAGCGCCAUCAGAGUGAGCCGCACCGCAGAGCAGCGCUACGACAUCAACAGCUCCCUGAUGCUGUCGGAGGGCGUUUCCUUCCUGACCUUCAGCUGCAGCUUCAGCACCAGGAGGAGCAGCAGGAAGGUCACCGUCUUCACACCAGUUUCUGUCAGCGUGCCGGAAGCGGAAGUGACCAUCAACUGCUCGGCCUGGAACCUGACCGUGACGCGGCUCGUUUGGAGGUUCAACGGCAGCCGGAUCGUCCUGAGCAGGAACCGGACGGACGGCGGCCACAGCGUGACGGAGGCCUGGAGGAAACACGUGAAGGCCGUGACGGCGUCGGGCGGCCUGACGCUGCGGGGUCUGACGGCCCAGCAGGAGGGGCUGUACAGCUGCGAGAUGAGCAACGAGGAGGAGGCGGUGAUCAGCGGCACGAUGCUGAGCAUGCAGAAACACCCGGUUCCAGGUUCCUCCUGGGUUCCUGCUGCUGUCGGCGCUGCAGCUGCUGUGGCUUCACUCACAGGAACAUCUGCCUUCCUGCUGCUGCGCUUCCUCAAAUCACAAAGGACAGUUUAGGAAGCAGCAGCAGCGACGUCCUGACGUUCCUGCUGCUCUGAGGAGGAAAACAUUUUAUCUCCCAACCGGGAGGUAAAACCCAUCGGCCGGUGGAGCAAACAGAAAAACUCCAACCUCAGCACCAAAACCAGACGGAGAACAAAGAUCUCUGGUAUUUUAAUCUUCAUGUGAAAAACUGCUGGAAACGUGACGAUAGACUGACUGAUCGUCCUUCUGUCUGCUCCAAACUCAUCGGUUCCCUGUAGAUUUAAGUUUUUAUUGUCUGUUUCUGUAAAUAAACUUUUGGAUAAAACAAACCU